UGUCGUCGUUAUAUUAUCAUUAUUAUUAUUAUUAUUAUAUAUGUUCUCCCGUGCGAUUAAUUACCGUGACGACACGUCACAGUAUUUAUAUAUAUUAUUUAUACUUACAACGAUACUUGAAAUAUUCGUCUCAAUAUUUUAUAUAAUUGGUAGAAAUGAACGGAACCCCGUGUCCCCCGACGAUAACGAAUGGCCAACGAGUGACAGUCGAAAUUCCAGACGGAUUGCUGGACCUAAUGAUGGUCGUCGCUCGAGAGGUGCUGCGUCAUGCUCCCGAAGACAAGUGCACGGCGUACUCGAUCGUAGCUGAUUACUUGGAAGAAAUGAUCAAGGAGAAUAACGUAAAACCCCCCUCAUGCAUAGAUAACGAAUGGACUCGUGAAAUGAUUACUCACGACGUGAUUAAAACGGUUGAAAAAUAUGGCGUUACGCCUGAAUCGGCUAACGAGGCUGCAACUCUAAUACAAAGGGCUUGGAGGAAAUACAAUAAAUCGGUUUCGAAUAUAAAACCUGAUUCUUUAGAAACGGGAGACCACGUCUUCUCCAAGGAAAUUCGGAUGGACACUUACGAGGAAAUUAAUUAUGAAAACGAUUCCGACGACAUGGAACGUGUGAACGUAGUGAGAAAAGGCCAGAGAGACUAUGUACCACCGAUUCCAGAUUUCAUCGACGAUUUAUACUCGUUGAAAUAUGAAGACGAAGAAUGCAACUACAAACAGACUCAUGAAAUGAUUACUGAAGACGUGAUUAAAACAGAUGUAAAACGCAGCGUUAUACCCGAAUCGGCUAACGACGCGUUGUCUUUAAUACAAUCCGUUUCUUUGGAGACGGUAGAUCGCAUCUUUCCUACAGAAAUUCAAACGGACACUUACGAGGAGAUGAAUUACGAAAACGAUUCCGACGACAUGGAACGUGUGAACGUAGUAAGAAAAGGCCAGAGAGACUAUGUGCCACCGAUUCCAGAUUUCAUCGACGAUGUAUACUCGUUGAAAUACGAAAAAAAUGUAAACGGUCAGCCAAAGGAAGCUUCUUAUGAAGACGAAUAAUAAAAAUACAAUAAUUUGUAUAUUAUGUAAGGGCUUACACAUUUUUGAUUUGAGUAAUCUCGAGAUUAUUUUUCUUGUAUAUAGAACUGCCGUAUGUAUCACUUACAGACAGUAAUAAAUUCUGUUCGUGUAAACACUGUUUUGGUUUAAUCUUAUAAAAACCUAAAAACAAACUUUUCAUGUUACUUUUUACUGUAUACAAAUUAUACGCCACUGUGUUCGUUCCAUAGACCUUUAUAGACUCAUAGACGGAGCAUCCCAGGUUGGUAGGGUUGGGUGGAGCGGUCUCAGCUACCUAAAGACAUAAAAUAUG